AUGUCUGAAGGCGAGAAGGUCCGCACUUCCGGCGACUCGCCGCGCGAGCAGGCUCUCCCCACCGUCAAUCCAAUGACCGAGAAGCAAGAGGCUCCCAAGACCUCUUUCCACCCCGCUGUCUACGUCAGUGUCUGGAUUACACUGAGUUCGACCGUCAUUCUGUUCAACAAGCAUCUCCUCGAUUAUGCCAACUUCCGUUUCCCUAUCGUCCUUACAACAUGGCACUUGACCUUUGCGACAAUCAUGACCCAGAUUCUGGCCCGCUUCACCACCGUCCUGGACGGACGCAAGACCGUUAAGAUGACUGGUCGUGUUUACCUCCGCGCUAUCGUUCCCAUCGGUCUGAUGUUCAGUCUGAGUCUGAUCUGCGGUAACAUGACUUAUCUGUACCUGAGCGUUGCUUUCAUUCAGAUGCUGAAGGCUACCACCCCCGUUGCUGUUCUGUUCGCUACCUGGGGCAUGGGCAUGGCUCCUGUCAACUACAAGGUCCUCAUGAACGUCUCGAUCAUUGUUGUCGGUGUUGUCAUUGCCUCGUUUGGUGAGAUCCAAUUCCAGCUCAUUGGUUUCCUGUUCCAGCUGGGUGGUAUUGUCUUCGAGGCCACUCGUCUGGUUAUGGUGCAGCGCCUGCUGAGCUCCGCUGAAUACAAGAUGGACCCCAUGGUUUCUCUCUACUACUUCGCCCCCAUCUGCGCUGUGAUGAACGGUGCCGUUGCCCUCUUCCUGGAGGUUCCCCAUGUCACCAUGGACCACAUCUACGGUGUUGGUUUAAUGACUCUUUUUGCCAACGCCAUGGUUGCCUUCUUGCUCAACGUCUCCGUUGUUUUCCUGAUUGGCAAGACCUCGUCUCUGGUCAUGACUCUGUGUGGUGUUCUGAAGGAUAUUCUCCUGGUUGCCGCUUCCAUGUUCAUCUGGAACACCCCCGUCACCCCUCUCCAAUUCUUCGGUUACUCUAUUGCCCUCUUCGGUCUUGUCUACUACAAGCUUGGUGGUGACAAGAUCCGCGAGUACACUGGCUCUGCCAAUCGCGCUUGGGCCGAGUACGGCAACACUCACCCUGCCCAGCGCAAGUUUGUGAUCUUCGGUGCUGCUGCUCUGAGCUUCUUCCUCUUCGUCGGCUCCAUGGCCCCCAGCUACGCCCCCGAGCAGGUUGACCGUGUGAAGGGUAUGCUCGGCGGUGCUACCGCGGGUAAUGCCUAA